UGAUUGCAUUAUUUGUAUUUGGCUGUUAACAUUUCCCCUACGCUGGGCCUCAGGUGGAGUGUGACAGGUAAUGCUUGAUUAAGCUGACUGCUUACCAACACGAAUUGUUUGACAAUGGAGGACGGGCUGAGCUAUAACAGGGCGAAACGUGAAUGUUCGAAGAGUUUUGUAGAGACAUCGUAAGCAAGCACAUGCAAGUUGUCAAUAAUUCUAAAUGACCAUUUCUUUGCACGCUGAUGUCAUGACAGCAGAUGAAAAGCCAGAAUCCAGCCAUGAAUAUAAUUUUUUUCUCGAUAGACAACUUCAGAACAAACUUUUGGAUUUCGACGAACAGGAUAUAGACUCUAGAUAUUUUCAAAAUGUCAAACUUGACGGGAAGUCUUAUAAAGCUCAGGUUCGAAACGAGGAGGUUACGGGAUGGAUUUAUGAUCCAAAAAAUAAUUUCAGAAAACCUGAAAAAGAAAAUAGUAAACAACAAAAAGAAUUUAUUCAACCCUGGAAAGACUACAAGGCAAGACAACAAAAAGAUGAUUCGUUCAUGUUUAGACAUUAUGGGGAUCUGAAGAAAUAUAUUCAACAAUAUCGGCAAGAGCAUUCAUAUGCAAAUGGAUUUCGCCCUCCCGGGAUGACAAAGUCGGAUGUUCCCAUUGGGGAGCUCCGGAAAUAUCUUCAUCACCAUUCUGCUCCAACCCCAAGUGCUGGUGCUAUACAAAAUCAAAUCUCAACACAAAGUCAGUCUUCAACACAGACUCAGGUUUCAACGGUUUGUACGCAAUGUACAAAUACUAAUGGCAGUAAUCAACAGUUAAUAACUGCCUCCAUGUACUAUACAAAUCGGAAGGAUAGUUUAGUUUCUCUACCUAACGGUGCUUCUGUCAGUAACCCUCGUACAUCUAGCAAUCACAGUCACGGACAUCAGUGUAGCAAACACAAUCAUGUUCAUAUUAAUCCGGAUCAUGCUUACAAGUAUAAACUAGCCCCUGAUGCUGCAUGGCGUUCAGAUUCUGUUCAAUCUUCAUGUGUAGAAUCAGAUCGUAAUGAGGGUGUGAGAACUCCAAGAAUAAACUCAGCAAAAGGGGAUAGAGGGAAAUCUCCUACAAAAGUCAUGGUUCCUGCUGGUGCUUCAAAUGGACCCCAAAAAGGCCAUCCUUUACAAACUGUCACAGUGGCAUGGAGACUGCCAAGUCAAGCAAGACAAUCGGGAGCGGACAACCAUGUACAGACUAACAGCACCUCCAGAACACUAGAUACACUUGCCUGUGUAGCGGCUGAAAAACAAGUCGAGCCUGAUUUUCCUCCUGAUGCCGCGGGUCUCACCUGGUGUGAGAGACUAGAACUACUACGAGCAGUCAACAAAAAACCAGAAAAAGUAAAACCGAAACCUCCCAGAAUACGAUUCUUCAAGGAUCCUCCCAAAGAAGACCAAGAAUGUUCUGCUCCUCUCAUCGCCCAAUCUACUCGCGCUCAUCUUUACGAACAACGGCGAAUGAAACAUCUACUGGAACAGGCUAAAGUCAAAGGCACAGAUCAGUUCGUAUGGUUGACAGACAGCGUCAGGUUUCGUGGAGUAUCCUCAGACAAUUCUAAUUCUUCUGACGACGACUCGGACGAAAUAUGUAGUGGGUCUUCAGGGUCGCGAUGCACGUCCACAAAGCCAUACGGUCCUGGUAUGGACGUGCAUAAUGCCGAGAAUGCUUUGCUGCAGCGGUACAAUAUGCCGUCAGUGAAGGGAGGCGGAUGGAAAAUGACCCCAUACCCUAUUACCAUACGUUCUCGAACUACCUUGUUUCAGAACUGAACAUGCGUAUGUGAUAUUUGUACAAAAUUGUGAUUUGCAUGUACUAAUGUUUAUUCGUCUUUACAACACUUUCCAAUUGUUACUCGUCUAUUAAUCCAUAUUUAUAGCAUGAAUACAAAUUUUAAUGAUUAAAAACAAGGACGUUCAAUUCGGUCGUUUUUUAUACACGUUUGUUGAAUGUUUUAAUGGGCUAUUGCUCUAUCUUAUUUGCCAAAUAUACUUUUCAAUUAUCUUUACCAAAUUAGCUGUUUGUUGUUUGCGCGAAAGUGUCAAAACAGUCCAAAUAGCGGUUUCUAAGUUUAGUCUGGGUGUAGUAAGAAAUUAUUUACAAUCAUGAGUAAGAAUACUUUAAUGGUAUUUUGUUUUAAUUUGUAUAAAGCUCAUGAAAUUCUUGAUAUUAUGAAUACUCACAACAAACUAGGUGCUAUUGAUUUUCUACUUCACCUGUUGUCAAAAGAUUAAGCGUCUGGAAUGCAUUGACUUGCUACUGUAGACAGUUUUGUUGUGAUCUAUUCAUAUUUAAUCAAUUGCAUAUUGUCUGCUUCAGUAAUAAUAAUUUUUGUGUAUUGAUAAAAGGUAUCACACACCAUUGAAAAAUCAAGACCUGAUAUCAAUAUUUGUUUUAAAAAUGUAAUCUCAUUUGACAUCCGUGCCAAAAUUCCAUGCUGUCCUUAUGAUGUCAAGUAUAAUUUUUGUUGCAUAACAAAAACAAAACAUAAGUAAAUGUCUAUAAGACUUCACAAUGUUUAUGUUAAAAUAACCUUUUGUUAAUAUUUGUAUUUUCGUAUUAUCAUAGAGGACAGCGAAUAUGUUUAAAAACAACUCUGUGCUCCUUGAAGCAAUUAAUCAUUAGUACAAUAAAUGCAGAAAAAAAUAACUAAACAAAACAAUAGAUAGAUAAUCCACAAAUACAACUACAUGAAACACAUUUAUCUAUUUACUCAAACCCAACGCGUGUAUGAUGCUACGGAAAUUACAGAAAGAUUGGAGAAGGUCCAUGUCCUUAAUUGUCCGUGUCUCGUUACAUCUGGUCGACCUCUAGGUUGAGUUAUAUAAUUUCGUCAUAUAACAGUUAAUCAAUGCAAGUUUUUUACAGUGUCUACCAUGCUAUAAUUGUAAACUUUUCAUGCGUCAAAUGCGCAGUAUGAGUAGUGUGUCCUAUGCCUAAUACACAAUAUAAGUUGCCACUGUGUGCAUAUCCAGUGAUCUCCUGUUUUAAGUUUUGGUGAUACAAACUGUUGAACAAAAUGUUUGGCGAAUGAGCAUUUGAACAAAGCUUGAGAUUGAAAUGAGGUCGAAAAGAGUUAACUGUUUGUAAGAAAACUUACUGGAAACGAUGUUAUUGAAUGUCGUUUUUGUAUCAUUAACUCAAUGGCAUUAAACGAAAGUGGUGAAUGAUUGUUACAUAUAACAUUCCAAGAGUUCUCUAACCAUGUAUUAUGAUAUAAAAUAAAAGCAUGAUAUCAAAAA